AAGGCAAAUCCAAGCCAGAGCCAGCGUUGCCUUCGCCAAACGUUCAGAAACCAAACCCAACGUCCUAGUCCACGAACCUUGUCUGCAGUGCGAGACAGCGCUCACACAAGCGAAGCAAUCAUGGGGAACGUCGCGGGGAAGAAGAUUCUGACAGUGGCGAUCUCGUUGCUCGCCGUCCUGGCACUACUCCUCCAGCCGUGCGCCGCCGCACGCCCCGUUCCCGGAACGGCGACCAUUAUUGACGGCAGCCAGAGCCUGCACCUGCCCCUCCGCGGGUCGCUACUGCGCGGCCCGGAGAGCGUCGCGUUCGACGGCGACGGCGCGGGGCCCUACAGCGGCGUCUCCGACGGCCGCGUCUUGAAGUGGAACGGGCUGGCGCGCCGCUGGUCCACCUAUGCGUACAGCCCAGGCUACAACGCCAAGGCCUGCACCGCGUCUAGGACUCGACCGGCCGAAGUCACGGAGAGCACGUGCGGCCGCCCGUUGGGCCUGCGCUUCCACUCCAAGUCCGGCAACCUCUACAUCGCCGACGCGUACAAGGGGUUGAUGCGUGUCGGCCCGGGCGGCGGCAAGGCGACGGUGCUGGCCAACGAGGUCGAUGGUGUGCCGCUCCGCUUCACUAACGGCGUCGACGUCGACCAGGUCACCGGAGAGGUGUUCUUUACGGAUAGUAGCACGAACUACCAGCGGUCACAGCACGAGAGAGUCACAGCUACUGGAGACUCGACGGGCCGUCUCAUGAAGUACGACCCGAAGACGAAGAGUGUCACUGUGCUGCAAUCCGGUAUCUCGUACCCUAAUGGUCUCGCUAUCAGUGCCGAUCGGACACACCUUGUCGUAGCACUCACCGGACCAUGCAAGUUGAUGAGGUAUUGGAUCAAGGGUCCCAAGGCGGGCACGUCGGAGCCGCUUGCCGAUCUACCGGGCUAUCCCGACAACGUGAGGGCUGACCUUAAAGGUGGAUUUUGGGUAGCACUGCACCGGGAGAAGAUGGAACUGUCAUUUGGCCCAGACAGUCACCUUCUUGCUGUGAGGAUCAAUGCUGAUGGGCAGGUGGUCCAGGUGAUGAAAGGAUCCAAGAGCGUAAGGCCGACCGAGGUGGUGGAGAGGGAAGGCGGCAAGUUGUAUAUGGGUUCGGUGGAAUUACCUUAUGUUGGCGUAGUUAGUGAAUAGAAAUUUCGCUUUUUGUUUAGGUUUGCUAUUUUUCGAUGUUGCUAGGCUAUUAGGAGCUUGAAUUUUUUUUUUACAUUACAUCAAGAUUGUACUAGCCUAUUUUGGGUACUCGUUGAAUGAUUACUUAUUGUACUUCAGCGCAAACAUUUGAGUAUACUCUGCAAAAAUUUGGUACAAUAAAGUGAUUGAGGGUUCGUCUAAA